CCGGAGGACCGGGCUAGAGUGGGGCCGGCGGAGGCGGGAGGAAGUGGGGCCAUGCCUCGGUCCCCCCGGGCCUGCCGGCUCCGCGACCUGUUGCUGACGGCGCUCGGCACGGGCGCCUUCGUGCUGGACCUGGGCGCCGACGUAUGGGCCGCGGGCCAGUACGCGGUGCAGGGCCGCCUGCUGUGGGCCGCCCUGCAGCUGGCCGCGCUGGUCCUCUCCUCGGCCGCCCUGCAGCUCUUCAGCUGGAUCUGGUACCGCGGAGACCCCGCCGACCUGCACCCGGGCCCGCCCCCGGGCCGCGGCCUGGCGCUGCUGCACCUCCUGCACCUGGGCUACCUGCAUAGGUGUGUCCAGGCCCUGAAAGUGGGAUUUGCCCUGUGGAAGCAGGAGGAGCCAGCAGAGUUUGACCUCGACUAUGCCAACUUCAUUUCUAUGGAUAUCAGUAUGCUGCGGCUCUUCGAGACCUUCCUGGAGGCCACACCGCAGCUCAUCCUGGUACUUCACAUCACCUUGUGUACGGGCAGAGUGGAAUACUAUCAGUGUCAAUUCUGGCACAUCUCAGACCUGCACCUUGAUCCAGAGUAUAACGCCUCUAAUGAUCCGCUCCAAGUGUGUCCGUCAGCAGGUUCCCAGCCCGUGUCCAACGCAGGGGUGUGGGAUUAUCUUUGUGACGCUCCCUGGAUCCUCAUCAACUCUUCCAUCCAUGCCAUGAAGGCGAUCUUGCCCAGCCCGGACUUCAGUCUCUGGACUGGUGAUGAUACGCCCCACGUCCCCUGCCGAGAAGCUGGGAGAAGAAGCCGUGUUGACAUAGUGAGACGUUUGACAGAGCUCAUUCGAUCAGUAUUCCCAGAAACUAAAGUCUACGCUGCUAUGGGAAAUCAUGAUUUCCAUCCCAAACACCAGUUUCCAGCUGGAAGCAACAAUAUAUACAACCAAGUAGCAGAACUGUGGAGGCCGUGGCUCAAUAAUGAAUCAAUCUCCCUAUUCAAAGAAGGUGCCUUCUAUACAGAGAGGCUGCCAGGUCCAAACAAGGCCGGGCGCAUCGUGGUUCUCAACACCAAUCUAUACUACAGCAGCAACGAGCAGACGGCCGACCUGGACGACCCGGCGAGCCAGUUUCAGUGGCUGGAUGAUGUGCUGAACAAUGCAUCCAGAGAAGGGGAAAAGGUGUAUAUUGCUGGCCACAUACCCCCCGGCUUCUUUGAGAAGACCCGAAACAAAGCCUGGUUCCGGCCCCACUUCAAUCAGCGCUACGUGGAACUCAUCAGGAAGCACCAUCAUGUUAUUGCUGGACAGUUUUUUGGUCAUCACCACACGGACAGCUUCCGGAUGUUUUAUGAUGACACAGGUGGUCCCAUCAGCGUCAUGUUCCUAGCUCCGGGAGUGAGUCCCUGGAAGACAACACUUCCCGGGGUGAACAACGGAGCCAAUAAUCCUGGGAUCCGAGUCUGGGACUAUGAUCAAGACACCCUGCAACUUCAGGACAUGGUGACUUACUAUCUAAACCUCACCCAUGCCAACCUGCAGGCCCCAAGCUGGGAGAAGGAAUACCGACUGACGGAAGCCUUCCAGGCCCAGGAUGGCUCAGCAGCCUCCAUGCAGCAGGUACUGGACCAGAUUACACAGGACAACCGUGCCCUGCAGAGAUACUACCAGUACAACUCUGUCAAUUAUGACUUGGACCCUUGUGACCAGGGCUGCCGGGCAGAGCACCUGUGUGCCGUGAGGGAGGUGGACUUUGCAAACUAUGAAAGGUGCAUCGAGUCGGCCAGCUCCCCUUGCGGGCCGUGGGGAUCCCUGCUCCUCGUCUGCCUGAUGAUGGGGCUUCACUCGAUCGGAGUCCUGGCUCCCCAGUAG